UCUUCCCUCGCUCAAGAUGGCGCUGCUCGCGAUACCUUCCUGGCGCUGGGCAGCUGCGGCGGCUGCUUUCGAAAAGCGUUGGCACGUCGUGAUACCGAUCCGGCCCCUAGUCUCUAUCUGGAGCCCAGGUCCGCAAUGGAGGUCACGUCAGCUCGGCGGCUCGGGAACUGCUGGAAUCUCCCAGAUCUCAGAGUCAUUAAGACAUACCACAUGGCAGAGACUAGGAAAAGGCAAUUCAAGACAGUUAUUAGACGCUACAAGGGUUCUUCAGGUAUGGCCACUCAUAGAAAAGAGGACAUGUUGGCAUGGUCAUGCAGGAGGAGGACUCCACACAGACCCGAAAGAAGGGUUAAAAGAUGUUGAUACUCAGAAAAUCAUAAAAGCAAUGCUCUCUUAUGUGUGGCCCAGAGACAGGCCAGAUCUACGAGCUAGGGUUGCCAUUUCCUUGGGAUUUUUGGGUGGAGCAAAGGCUAUGAAUAUCGUGGUUCCCUUCAUGUUUAAAUAUGCUGUAGACAGCCUCAACCAGAUGUCGGGAAACAUGCUGAACCUGAGUGAUGCACCAAAUACAGUUGUAACCAUGGCAACAGCAGUUCUCAUUGGCUAUGGUUUAUCAAGAGCCGGAGCUGCCUUUUUUAAUGAAGUUCGAAAUGCAGUAUUUGGCAAGGUAGCCCAAAAUUCAAUCCGAAGAAUAGCCAAAAACGUCUUUCUCCAUCUUCACAACCUGGAUUUGGCUUUCCACCUGAACAGACAGACAGGAGCUUUAUCAAAGGCUAUUGACAGAGGAACAAGGGGUAUCAGUUUUGUCCUGAGUGCUUUAGUAUUUAAUCUUCUUCCCAUCAUGUUUGAGGUGACCCUUGUCAGUGGUGUUUUGUAUUAUAGAUGUGGUGCCCAGUUUGCACUGGUGACCCUUGGGACACUUGGUGCAUACACAGCAUUCACAGUUGCUGUCACACGGUGGAGAACUAGAUUUAGAAUAGAGAUGAACAAAGCGGAUAAUGAUGCAGGUAACGCUGCCAUAGACUCACUGCUGAAUUAUGAAACUGUGAAGUAUUUUAAUAAUGAAAAUUAUGAAGCACAAAGAUAUGAUGGAUUUUUGAAGACAUAUGAGACUGCUUCAUUGAAAAGUACCUCUACUCUGGCUAUGCUGAACUUUGGUCAAAGUGCUAUUUUCAGUGUUGGUUUAACAGCCAUAAUGGUGCUCGCCAGUCAGGGAAUUGUGACAGGUACCCUUACUGUUGGAGAUUUAGUAAUGGUGAAUGGACUGCUUUUUCAGCUUUCAUUGCCCCUUAACUUUCUGGGAACUGUAUACAGAGAAACUAGACAAGCACUUAUAGAUAUGAACACCUUGUUUACGCUACUCAAGGUAGACACCCGAAUUAAAGACAAAGCGAUGGCAUCUCCCCUUCAGAUCACACCACAGACAGCUACGGUGGCCUUUGAUAAUGUGCAUUUUGAAUACAUUGAGGGGCAGAAAGUCCUUAGUGGAAUAUCUUUUGAAGUUCCUGCAGGAAAGAAAGUGGCCAUUGUAGGAGGUAGUGGGUCAGGGAAAAGCACAAUAGUGAGGCUGUUGUUUCGCUUCUAUGAGCCUCAAAAGGGUAACAUUUACCUUGCUGGUCAAAAUAUACAAGAUGUGAGCCUGGAAAGCCUUCGGAGGGCAGUGGGAGUGGUACCUCAGGAUGCUGUCCUCUUCCAUAAUACCAUUUACUACAACCUCUUAUAUGGAAACAUCAAUGCUUCACCAGAGGAAGUGUAUGCAGUGGCAAAAUUAGCUGGACUCCAUGAUGCAAUUCUUCGAAUGCCGCAUGGAUAUGACACCCAAGUAGGGGAACGAGGACUCAAGCUUUCAGGAGGAGAAAAGCAAAGAGUAGCAAUUGCAAGAGCCAUUUUGAAGGACCCCCCAGUCAUUCUCUAUGAUGAAGCUACUUCAUCAUUAGAUUCAAUUACUGAAGAGACUAUUCUUGGUGCCAUGAGAGAUGCAGUCAAACACAGAACUUCUAUUUUCAUUGCACACAGAUUGUCAACAGUUGUUGAUGCAGAUGAGAUCAUUGUCUUGGACCAGGGUAAGGUAGCUGAACGUGGUACCCACCAUGGUUUGCUUGCUAACCCUGGCAGUAUCUAUUCAGAAAUGUGGCAUACACAGAGCAGCCAUGUGCAGAACCAUGAUAACCCCAGAUGGGAUGCAAAGAAAGAAAAUGUGUCCAAAGAGGAGGAAAGGAUGAAACUACAAGAAGAAAUUGUCAACAGUGUGAAAGGCUGUGGAAACUGUUCCUGCUAAGUCACAUGAAACCUUUUCAUUUCUUUUCUCUUCUUUUCUUUUCUUCUCUUUUCUUUUCUUUUUUCUCCCUCCCUCCCUCCCUCCCUUCCUUCCUUUCUCUCCUCUCUUUCUUCCUUCCUCCCUUCUUCCUUUCUUUUUUUUCCUUGACUACACAUUUGCACUGAAGCAGAAUUGUUUUAUUAAAAAAAAUCUUACAUUCCCA